UAGUCUUAUUAACAUGCACAUGUCUUCCCUGACCAAGUGAAAACAUGGCUGGUUUGGAGCUGUUGUCCGACCAAGGAUACCGUCUGGAUGGACGCAAAGCCAGCGAGCUUCGCAAGGUUCAAGCCCGCAUGGGUGUGUUCGCUCAGGCCGAUGGCUCGGCGUAUUUUGAGCAAGGAAACACCAAAGCUCUAGCGGUUGUGUACGGUCCGCACGAAAUGCGAGGCUCCCGCAUUCGGACCCUCCAUGACCGGGCUGUCAUCAACUGCCAGUACAGCAUGGCCACUUUCAGCACGUCAGAGAGGAAGAGGAGACCGCACGGCGACCGCAAGUCCACUGAGAUGAGCCUCCACCUCAAACAGACAUUCGAAGCCGCUGUGAUGACGCAGCUUUACCCACGCUCUCAAAUUGACAUCUACGUCAAGAUUCUUCAGUCAGACGGAGGCAACUACAGUGUGUGCGUGAACGCUGCCACCCUGGCCGUGAUAGAUGCCGGCAUCCCCAUGCUGGACUACGUGUGCGCUUCCACCGUGGGCUUUGUCGACGAGACGCCGCUCGCCGACUUGUGCUACGCUGAAGAGAGUGGUGGCGUGAGCUCCCUGGCGCUAGCAUUGCUCCCACGUGGCGGGCAGAUUGCCUUGGUUCAGAUGGAAGCCAGGCUACAUCAGGACCACCUCGAGGCCAUGAUGGAGGCUGCCAUGACAGCUUGCAAAGGUGUGAGCAAGGUACUAGACCAGGUGGUGCGUCAACAUCUUCAAGAGGCUUCUCUGGCCACUGCAGACUGACCUUUGCACAUAAUUAUUUUAGGACUUGACUUUCCAGGACUUCAAACAAGUGGAGACUGUUUUCUACAUUGAUGAACCCCUCACACACACGCAAAAUCCAGUUGUACAUUAUUUUGUAUAUGUGACCAAAAAAAUAAAUACUUCUGCU